GACAAAUACUACACGCGGCCACGGUAAAGAAAUAUAAUGGUGGAUUUGCAAUACACGAUUCAAGUUUCCAAUAUAUCUGAUGUGAUCUCUAUCAAUCCUCGUUGUUAAACGAAGAACUUGACCACAAAUUUUUUAUUUGGAAGAAAAAAUUUGUCCGGAUAACAUAUAGUGUAUGUCUCUGGAGAUUCUUGUGGCUGGAUUUUGGAUAAAUUUUGUCUAAAUUAUCGCGAAAUCAUGGAGAAUCCACCAAACCAAACUGUUUACAUUAAUAAUUUGAACGAAAAAGUAAAGAAAGACGAGCUAAAAAAAUCGUUGUAUGCAAUAUUCUCUCAGUUUGGUAAUAUCUUGGACAUUGUUGCAUUGAAGACUUUAAAAAUGCGAGGCCAAGCUUUUGUGGUCUUUGCAGACAUUGCUAGUGCAACAAAUGCUCUUAGAUCGAUGCAAGGCUUUCCUUUUUUUGAUAAACCUAUGCGAAUACAAUAUGCAAAGACAAAGUCUGAUGCCAUUGCUAAACUUCAAGGAACAUAUGUCCCGAGAGAAAAGAAGCCCAGAGAAAAGAAACCUGAUGAACCCAAAAAGGCAUCAACAAAGAAAGCAACCUCUAAACAACAGCAAAGCAGAACACAAGCACAAAUGUCAGCUCAACCCAACAUGAUGUCCCAUAUGAUGCCAAUGCAACAACCUGAUGCUCCUGCCUUACCCAACAAGAUCCUCUUCUUGACACAAUUACCUCCAGAGACCACUCAGAUGAUGCUGGCCAUGCUGUUUAACCAGUACUAUUUCCUGGUUUCCGAGAAGUGCGACUUGUUCCAGGUAAAUCGGACAUUGCCUUUGUGGAAUUUGAGAAUGAAGUUCAAGCAGGAACAGCUAAGGAUGCUCUACAAGGAUUUAAAAUAACACCUACAAAUGCUAUGAAAAUAACUUUUGCAAAGAAAUGAAAAAUGGCAAGCAUUGACAGGUUUUACAUGCAUUUGUUCCUUUUAUUUGUCAUUUAUACAAUAUGGUGAAGGAAAUAGCUAUUAUUAAGAUUGCUGUAAUAUUAUAAGGAGGAAUUCGCUA